CUGCACGUGGGCUCCUCCGGCCCUGCGGGCCACCGGUAUGUUCGAAGAGCCUGAAUGGGUCGAGGCGGCCCCAGCCAUCGUGGGCCUGGGGCCCGCUACAGCACAGGUUCGGCCGGCGACUGCCCCACCAGUCAAGGGCCGCAAGCGCCGCCAUCUCUUGGCCACAUUACGGGCCCUGGAAGCAGCAUCUCUCUCCCACCAAUCCCCCAGCCUACCUGGCAGUGACUCUGAGGAGGAGGAAGAGGUAGGAAGGAAGAAGAGACACCUCCAAAGGCCCUCACUUGCCAGUGUCUCAAAGGAAGUAGUGAAGAAAAGAAAAGGGAAAUGUCAAAAACAGGUGCCAUCCAUCAGUGACUCUGAGGGGAAAGAAGUAGGAGGAGAAUGCCACAGACGAGCUCCUCCUCUUGGUGGGAUCUCUGCUGGAGAAGAAAAAGGAAAGAGGAAAUGCCAGGAAUACUCCUCUUCACACCUAACCCAGCCCCUGGACAGUGUUGACCAAACAGGUACCAGUAUAUUUGACAAUUCGAGGAUGAGUACUACUACAGUUGACGUACCCAAGCCAAGCCCUGAGUCUACAUCACCUAACUCCUCACACACCCUGAGCCGCAAGCAGUGGCGGAACAGGCAGAAAAAUAAGCGGAGACACAAGAACAAAUUUCGACCACUUCAGACACCAGAUCAGGUUCCUCCCAAGGCUUCCGUAGAGGAGACUGAGGUGCCUCCUGCUCCAAAGUCAGACAGUCAGGAGACUAGAGCUGGAGCCCUGCGAGCACGCAUGACGCAGCGCCUGGAUGGGGCCCGAUUUCGCUACCUUAAUGAGCAGUUGUACUCAGGGCCCAGCAGUGCUGCCCAACGCCUAUUCCAGGAAGACCCUGAGGCUUUUCUCCUGUAUCACCGUGGCUUUCAGAGACAAGUAAAGAAGUGGCCACUGCACCCAGUGGACCGUAUUGCCAAAGAUCUCCGCCAGAAGCCUGCAUCCUUAGUGGUAGCUGACUUUGGCUGUGGAGAUUGUCGCCUAGCUUCAAGUGUCCGGAACCCUGUGCACUGUUUUGAUUUGGCUUCUCUGGACCCCAGGGUCACUGUAUGUGACAUGGCCCAGGUGCCCCUAGAGGAUGAAUCUGUGGAUGUGGCCGUGUUUUGCCUUUCACUGAUGGGAACUAACAUCAGGGACUUCCUUGAGGAGGCAAAUCGAGUGCUAAAACCAGGGGGUCUUCUCAAAGUAGCUGAAGUCAGCAGCCGCUUUGAAGAUAUUCGGACCUUUUUGGGGGCUGUGACCAAACUCGGCUUUAAGGUUAUCUACAAGGACCUGACCAACAGCCACUUCUUCUUGUUUGACUUUGAAAAAACUGGACCACCUCGAGUAGGACCCAAAGCCCAACUCUCAGGCCUUAAACUUCAGCCUUGUCUCUACAAGCGCAGGUGACCAGUGGACACCCACUGAAAGGGGAGAGCUCAGACUCUAAUCUCAGAACUCUGAAGACUGUACCUACCCAGGCUAUGAGCCAGAAUCUGAUACAUCACACCCUCCUUCUGUACCAAGAACAUGGGUAAAGCCUCCAGCUCAGCUCUACUCUAAUGGAGCUUUCUUGGCUACAGAGAGCAUGAAAUUACUUGGGCAGGCCCAAGAAUGAGGUGUUUAUUGUGAGGGCAUAGAGUGUUUGAUAAUUGUGGGCCACUUCAGGUAUCGUGGAAACUAGUCAGCUGAGAACUGAUAGAUCUCUGGGUUUGGUUUGUCUUCAUCUCUCAAAAGGCAUGUGGGCUCUCUGCUGUCUUGUCUUCUGACCUGUAUUGUCCACCUCUGCUCAUCCAUAGUUUCUGCUCCUUCAGCUUCAAGACUGCAGACUUGGGGCUGGGAGUUAUUUAAUUUCUUUGUUUCUUAGAUCUGGGAAUCAUGUAAU